AUGGAAAAUCCAAAUUUUGUAAACGACAGCAUGAAAUCCGUAACAAUUUCUCAAGAAGCAAAACCCAAAAGUAAAUACAGGGAUAGGGAAAAAUGGUCCAGAGGAAUAGAAUUUGUUUUAUCUUGCAUUGGAUUUGCUGUCGGAUUGGGAAACAUUUGGAGAUUUCCAUAUUUGUGUUAUAAAAAUGGAGGAGGAGCGUUCAUGAUACCUUAUUUGAUUUGUCUUGUCGCAGGUGGAAUACCAAUUUUUUUUUUAGAAAUUGCAAUAGGACAAUAUACGAGUCAAGGAGGAAUCACAGCAUGGAAUUUUUGCCCAAUAUUCAAGGGUAUAGGUUAUGCUACGACUGUUAUUUGUUUUCUACUCAACAUAUAUUACAUCGUCAUAUUAGCUUGGGCAUUUCAUUUUUUUUUUAAUUCUUUUCGUUCAGAACUUCCAUGGUCGACGUGCAAUAAUUGGUGGAAUACACCAAAGUGUAUAGUGGGUUCAGAAGCAAAAGCUCUUAGAGAAAAUACCACGGAGGAACACGUGGGGGAAAAAAGAGUCGAUGCCAUUAUCGAAUACUGGGAGUUAGUAUAUAACAAUACUUUUAACAAAUUUCAUUUAAAGAGUUUACUUUUAUAUAAACCUUCUUAUUUUAGGAGAAAAGUUUUAGGUAUAUCCACUGGUGUGGAUGAUGUUUCAACAUUACAAUGGGAACUUGUUGGCACACUAUUUUUAGCUUGGGUUAUUGUUUAUUUUUGCGUUUGGAAAGGAGUUAAAUCUUCUGGAAAAGUCGUGUAUUUUACCGCUGUCUUUCCAUAUUUAAUGUUAACCGCACUACUAAUUAGAGGAGUCACACUUGAUGGAGCCGCAGAGGGUAUAACAUUUUACCUUAAACCAGAUUUUUCUAAACUUUUGGAAUCCACCGUUUGGAUUGAUGCUGGAACACAAAUUUUUUUCUCAUAUGCCAUUGCAUUGGGUUGCAUGACAGCUCUGGGAUCAUAUAAUAAUUUCCAUAAUAAUUUUGUUAAAGACUGUAUAUUUGUUUCUGUAAUUAACAGUUGCACCAGUUUGUAUUCUGGUUUUGCUAUAUUUAGCGUUUUAGGUUUCAUGGCCAAGGAACAUGGUGUUCCUAUUCAAGACGUUGCCGAAUCAGGUCCUGGUUUGGUUUUUAUUGUUUAUCCAAAAGCCAUAAGUCAAAUGUCUUGGGGACCACUUUGGUCUUUUUUAUUUUUUUUUAUGAUUCUUUUGAUGGGAAUCGAUUCGCAAUUUGUUGGAAUGGAAGGACUGAUAACGGCCAUUGUUGAUGUUUAUCCAAGGUAUCUGAGAAAGGGAAAAAGGAGAGAAGUUUUUAUUGCAUUCAUAAGUAUUAUUAGUUUUCUUCUUGGUCUGACUAUGGUGACAGAUGGUGGAAUUUACAUGUUUCAAGUUUUCGAUUAUUAUUCGGCGAGUGGUAUGGUAUUAUUGUGGAUGUGUUUUUUUGAAUGUAUUACCAUUGCCUACGUGUAUGGAGUUGAUAAAUUUUAUGAUAAUAUAACGGAAAUGAUUGGUUAUAAACUUGGUCCUUGGUUAAAAUAUUGUUGGCUUGUUUUUACACCAAUAAUAACGAUGGGUAUUUUAUUAUUUUCGUUUGCUUCGUACAAACCGUUAACGUACAAUCGUACCUACGUUUAUCCAAUUUGGGCUCAAGUAGUCGGUUGGUUUAUGGCUUUAAUUCCAAUGUGUAUAGUACCAUUAUAUUUUUUAUAUCAUUUAUUUAGAUCUCCCGGAAGUACAUUAAAAGAGGUACCAAUAAAACAAUAUUUAUUUUAA